AUGCCACCGGACGCAACCACAAACGACCCGGCUGCAUUAGACGAAGUCGAAGAGGAACUUGUCCGAGAAGUGGAACGGUAUCCCUGGAUAUGUGGGGGUGGACUCAAGCCUCAAACGGGGAAAGACUUGGGAGUGUACGAGUCCUCUUUGGAAGAUCGAGCAAAUUGUCUAUCCCUCUGGUCCUUGAGUUAUCUUAACCCACUCUUGGCUUUGGGAUCAAGAAAAGUUCUAAAUGCUGGAGAUGUUGGAGUUCCAUCCAAGCAAGAUAGUUCAAGCGAAUCUUACGAAAAGGUAAAGAAGGCAUGGGAUGAACAAGUCAAGAUUGCCGAUGCCCAUAACAAGAAGAUUAUGG